AAACAGAAGAAGAAGUAUAAGAUGAAUGAUAAGGUGGUAAUGAAUGUAACGGUUGAAGGAAGUCCUGGACCGGUUCGGGUUAUGUUAAAGUUGGGUUGGACCGUUGAAGAGACAAUUAAACUUGUGGUUAAUAAGUAUGGAGAAGAAGGGAGAAGUCCUGUUUUUCACAAAAACGACGUCGCUUCAAUGUUCGAAUUGUAUCAUUCAUGUUUUAGUCUUCAAUGUUUGGAUAGAUCGGACAUAAUUGGAGAUGUUGGUGGUAGAAACUUUUAUCUUCGUAAGAGUAAGACGGAACCGCGAUCUCUUUUGGUCGAUAAUCCUCGGUUUCCACGUUUGCUGGCAUUAUCGGAUUUCAUGUCGAAAAAGAUUAGUGAAGUAAUUCGAAAAAUGGGCAAAUUGUGGAUGAUUUUGGGUUGUAUUCCAUGUGAUAUGUGA